GGCGGCUCGGCGUUGUUGGCGACAGGAGUGACGCGAACCUAGCGUCUACUGAGAAAGAGGAUGCUUCUAUACCGUUCUCGGGUGACAGAAGGAGGCUGAUGUGGGAACCAGUUACCACGGCAGGUUUCGACAUUAUGAUUUCCAAUACGUCUCCUUGAUCAAGCCAUUGUGAUUUGAACUGUUUUUUUGAAUACUGAAAAAAUAAUUUCUGAAAAUGGAGUGGGGGUCUUGGAUUUGUUGUGAGAAGAUGGCAGUCCUCCAUGGUGGCUUUCUGUUGGCUGAGAAGAAGAGUCAACAUGGAACACUUUUGGAAGUGAAGAAAUCUGAUUGGCCUACCUUAGGAAAACCCAUUGUUUGUGCUGUGCAAGAAAUCUGUAUCAAUGAGGCAGAUGUGGUGCAGGGUCCAACAAAGCUGUGGCAGGAGAAAGUGCUGGCACUUGUGUGGGCAAAGCUGCUGAAUUCUAAUGCAAAUGAAGCUGGCAUGAAGGAGAAGGUAAAUUCCGAUGCCGAGAGUGACCGGAGAUGGAAGGAAGACCUCUUCUUUUCCGCAGAAGGCAUGAUUCCUGAGAUCAAUCACACUGUGCUGUUUGAGCUGGUAAAAUCAUUGAGGGCUGCAGAAGACUUUGUUAAAUUGCUGUCUGCAUUACCCGCAGACACAUGCCGCCUGGAGAUGACCCGUUUUCUGGAUCACGUUCUUGAUGACACUUCUGAUGAAGAUGUGGGAGUCUUUCUGGAUGUAUGGUGGGAACUGCUGAAGGUGAAUGAAGGGCAGAGGGAUGAAAUUGCUCAAACGUUUGGAGAUGAGGUUAAAAAGUACCUGGCACGAUCAGCUGAUGAAUUCUGCCGUUCGCCGAAAAGGCUCAAACUAGAUCCUGAUAUUCCUUUGCUCCCUCCAGUGAGCUUGCCUGGAUCCUCGGGCGACCUGUCCAUCCCUCCUCUGUUUCUAGAUGGACUCAAGCAGAUGAAAGCUCAUGUAACACAGUAUGUUUAUAAAUGUUCUGCUAUAGUAAAACUAAUAGACACUUUAUGCAGGUCCCUGCUUCCUGAUGGUGGUGUUGAGCUGCCCACUGAGGUGUAUUUGCAGAAACUUUCCAGUCUGAUUGUGUUAGGUAAUCCCUUGGUCCAACCAUUUCCAGUUACCACAGAUUUCAUCUCGAUUGUAAAGAAGUCAGAGAGGGAACUGAGAGCCUCCUACCAAAAGUCUGCGUUCCAAUUGCCACAGGGUGAAUUAGCUCCAGGGGUUGAAUUACUUGCAGACAUCUUCCAGUCGUGGGCACCUGAAAUCCAAACUGAGCUGGAGAAUGACACUGUGAGCGGACGCCUUGCUUUGUAUAGAACAGUCGAAAGUUUGAAAUACCUAAAUCAAGUCAGCCCAUUGUUUCAAAAUUGCGAGGUGGUUCCUCAAAAUACAAAGGAAAUUCUAUCUGAUUUAGUACUGAGUUCAUCUUCCUUUGUCCAGAAGUUUGAUUCCUGUAUAUUGCCAGAUGAUGCCGCUACUGUAGAUAAAGUGAAGAUGUCUGCGGCUUUAACAAUAAUUGAUAGUAGAAUGGAACGGUUUGAAGAGAUAAGAGAAAUAUUUGUGUCAACUCCCAGCUGGGCUUUUUCAGAGUGCGGCUGGCUCGAAUGCCUUGAAAGGAAUAAAGAGAUUUAUCAAAGCACUGUUUUAGUUUUGAAGUUAGCUGGAACACUUACCGAUAGGUCCCCUUGUGUGACCACUGAACCAUCAAAAGUCAAACGAUUGAAGAAUGUGAUUUUGGAUUGUCUGUCUGCGCUCUCAGUCGCAGACAAAAAUAAAGCCCUCUUGGGAGUACUGUCUGCCUAUGGUGGCAAGGGCCUCUGUAGAGACGGAGGAGUAGUGAAGAAUUGGUUUGAGGAAGAGGUGAACAUGGUGUUCAAUUGUAUUACCCAGAGUGAGGCAGUAAAUAGCAUUGAUAAAGCUGUGACUGCUGUUGUUAGGGUUGCUUUUUUAAAUCCAGAAGCCACCCUGCAGAAAAUGUGCCACUUGGCCGCCGUGAAUCUGGGUGCUCACAAGCUUUUUGGCCAGAUCCUGAAGAACCUACCAGCACUGUCUUGCAAGGACGAUCAGUCCUCAGAAGGGCAAAAUAUUUUGGCAAAGUGUCUUUUGGAAGUUAGCUUUGACAGCUUCGCCAGCGCCAAGGAGGAACACCAGUUUCUUGAGUUCCUGACAUUGCUGAUGGAACCUGCAGAGGUCGUUGAUCAAGAACCCCCAAUUCCACUUCUCCAGCCCGCACAUGUUGUAAAGAUGUUUGUUCUUCCUUACUUGGCAGGAGGCGAUUCCAAGAUCGUGUUUCCUCUCAAGGUUCUUAACAGUGCUUUAAAACUGUCUACGACUGACGACGGAACCAAGGAGCACUGGCUACUCGGCUGCUGCCCAUUUCCUCUCAUCUAUGCCCUUUCUCAGCUCCUGGACAGCUGCAUCUUGUGCUGGGAGGACCAUAGUACUAAGGCAUCCAAUCAUGUUUCAAUAGAAACAAAAGCUCUCCUAACUGAGACGUUGGAAAUGGUGUGUGAUGCCGUUGAACAGAUAAUUUCUGUAAAUCCGGAUAUGUGGUCAACUUCUGUUUGUUGGCUGUACAGGGAAACCGAACAUUUGGACUGGACUGUGCGCCUUUGGUUAAAGAGCAUCUUUGGGGGACAUUUUAAAUAUGAGGUACCUGCCACGUUGUUUGAGGUGUGUGACCUUUCUGAUGAUGGUUGGUCACCACUCAACCUUCCACAGUAUGGUCCAGGUACUGGGCUCCUGGCCUGGAUGGAGUGUUGUAGUGUUUCCACACACAUGAUGGAGCAGAUGUUGUCCCAUCUAGUAAUUGAUGCAAAAAAUGAUGAGGAAGUCAACAUGUUCACCAAGGGCUUUCUAAUUGCGCUGAUCCAGCUCCUGCCGUGGUGCAGUUCAGGUGAAUGGAAACGUCUCAACCACGUUGUGAAGAGCCUUCUACAGCGCGAAUUACUUCAUGUGCCAUUUACUCUGGAAUACGUUCAUUACCUGCCGCUGCUUAACCUCCGGCCUUUUGCGCAUCACUUGCAGUUCUCUCAGCUCCUGCUCCGAGCCUUUCAGCUGAUCUGCAGUUGUAGCUGCUCUGACUGGCUUCUGACAUCAGGGUGGAAGUACGUAGCACGGCAGUGUGCCAGCAGCGUGUCAGACAUUUUAGAGUCGGUGAAGUGCAAACUCAAAGGACUUGCAGCUCAGAAUGUUGAUGGGAAUCAAGAAGCCAGCUUUGUGAUUGUGCAACUUUUUUGUCACGUAAUUCAUAUUAUGGUGAUGAUGCCCUCUGGGACCUCUGAUUCUCUGUAUUAUGUAUCCUUGGAGCUGCUUUCUCAGUAUGAGACCCUGAUGUUGGCCAAUACCUCUACUACUGGGUUACUUAAGAAGAUCAAUGAAAAACACUUCCUCCAUUCCAUUGCAGAGAAUCUGGUCAGUGAAGAACAGCGUUCAGUUUUACUACAGAAAAUCAGUAAAAUAUGCUGAGCUGACUUCAGUGGUAAUUUGGUUGUCAUAGUGCUUGCCAUUGUUAUAUUUGAUCAAAAUAAAACAGAUGUUUUUUUUAAUCCUA